AUGGUACGGCCCCGUUUUAGUUCUAUAUUGUCGAGGGCCGACUCUAACUGCUCGCUUGGUCCAGACGGAGGCCGCUCGGGCCGAAGCUAUCCACGAUAUCCUCACGCCGGCUCCAAAAUUACCGGUGCCCCCGUCAUCGCUGGGGGAAACGUCAUCACAGGAGGAACCGUCAGCCUCAAUAUCUAUAAUACGCCCAAGGACGCUGUCAACGGCAAGUGCUUCCAACAGUCAGUAGGGUUACUGUUGACUAAAUUUCUUCCAGUGGGAUCCAAGGGUGAAGGGCCGAAGAUAACGAGCCAGGAAUUGCUGGACUGGUUUGCGGAUAGCGCCAACUUCCACCUGAUUCAACAGCACAAUUACGAGAAAUGGACCAAUGGAACACUUGCUUGGUUCACCGACUCGGAGGACUAUCUUGACUGGAAAGCCGGAAAACAUCGCGUCCUUUGGGGCACAGGCAUUCCCGGGGCCGGGAAAACGAUCCUUGCUGCGAGGACCAUUCACGACCUUCAGCAACUGCAACGAACUUCUCACCAGAAGAUUUGCGUAGUAUUCGCCUACUGCCGAUAUUCCGCUCAAUUGAGCGUCAAGGAUAUCCUCGAAUCACUCGUGAAGCAAUUCCUCAAAACCGACCCAUCCCUUGCAGACCUCGUCAAGCCCCUGUAUUCGCUGCACAAAGAGAAGGAAACCCGUCCCACUCAAGAAGAACUCUUGGAGCUAUUGCGCCGAUUCGAGGAGCGAUUCGACAUUGGGUUCUAUGUGAUCGACGGACUGGACGAGGCGGUGGUCGACACCCAGUUCGACCUGAUCAAAGCGAUCAAGACCCUUCGUGGCCGGUUUGCAUUGACGUCGCGGCCGUUGAAAAGGCUUGAAGCAGCGCUGCCAACUACCAGGUUCUACCCAGUCACCGCCAACCAUUUCGACAUUGGCCUCCUCAUCCUCGGCGUGGUCGACCGGAACCCUGGGUUCCAGCGGCUUCUGAAGGAGCAUUCCUUCCAAGAUGAACUGGUCCGACGCAUUUCGGAGAAAUCGAAGGGGAUGUUCCUUAUUGCGGCGCUGCAGAUUGAAAUGGUCCAACACUGCCUCAGCAUCUUGGAACUGCAACAGGCGCUGGAUAGAUUGCCGGCGAACCUUCAUGACAUAUACUCCCAAGCAUUAGAGCGUAUCAGUGGCCAGCAGGAACAACACGCCAGGCUCGCCAAACAUGUGCUUCUAUGGCUCGUUUUCGGACGAGAAGCGCUUUCGUUCCCUAACCUGCAAUAUGCCCUCAGUCUUACUCUUCCUGACUACCCUGGUGGGGUUGAUAAGGAAGCCCUUGUGUCGAUAUGCUGUGGACUGGUUGCCGUAGAGACUGAGACGGAUCUUGUCCGCCUAGUCCACUUCACCGCUCAAGAUGCUCUCGCGCCAAUCCUCAAGGACUAUAUCCCAGACCCCCACGGCAUUCUCUUUGCCGUAGCCGCGCAACGCCUCGUUGACUGUGGCAUCGUCGACAACUCAGCGGGUAUGAAAACAAAAGGCGCCCUCGGCAAUGCACUCAAAGGACACCGGCUUCUGAAAUACUCCUACGACCACUGGGCCUAUCACGCACGGGAGUGCAUGACGAAUCCAGCAUUGCGUGAUAAGGUGCUCGCCUUUGUCCGCCGAUGCAAAUCGUUCCCAGAGGAGGAUCCGUAUUCUUAUAAACUCACAUUCCUGUCCCCCCUUCAUGUUGUGGCCCGACACGGCUUUCAUAGUAUUCUCGACGAAGUUCUCCAAAUCGCAGGAGGAAAGGUGACGCUGCGCACGUGUGGACCAAGAAAGGCCACCCCGUUGAUGCUAGCCUCGGAGCACGGCCAUGUAGAAGUCGUCGAUGCACUGCUGCGAUACACUCGAAGUUCCAUGUUGUGGUCGACAUUAAGUGGCGAAGGACGAUUAGGGAGUCACCUAUUACUGCGACAGCUUAAUCUUCAAGAUAGCAAGGGGAUGACGGCUCUCAUGUUUGCCUCGAAAGAGGGCCAUGAGGGCACCGUUCAGCGCCUGCUCAAACACAAGGACACCCAGGUCAAUCUCGCCAACAAAUAUGGCCAGACGGCAUUGAUGCUCGCGUCGAAAAAUGACCACGAGGGCACCGUUCAGCGCCUGCUCGCGCACAAGGACACCCAGGUCAAUCUCGCCGACGACUAUGGCAGGACGGCAUUUAUGCUCGCAUCGGAAAAUGGCCACGAAGGCACCGUGCAGCGCCUGCUCGCUCACGAGGUCACCCAAGUCAAUCUCGCUGACAACGACAACGAUGGCGGGACGGGACUGAUGCUCGCGUCGCUCUAUGGCCAUGCGGGCACCGUUCAAGAUCUGCUCGAACACAAGGACACCCGGGUCAAAUGCCGCUAG